AUGAAGGAAUCGCUUUAUGAUCGCAUCUGGCGCCGGGAAUUGGGAGAGGACUCCCGGUUCGCAAGCAUUCAUGGCAUUUAUGGAUCCAAGGAUUGGGUGGAAAACCUGGAUAUUGUGAACGAACUGGGUGGGCAUUCGGGCUGUGUGAAUGCCUUGAGUUGGUCGCGGUCAGGCCAGCUUCUAGCUUCGGGCUCGGACGACCAGCACUUGAACAUCUAUUCCUACCAACCCGAAUCUUCCACCGCGCCGUUCUCCCUGAAUACGACCGUCGCUACGGGUCACAGCGCGAACAUCUUCUCAGUCAAGUUUAUGCCACACUCCAACGAUCGAACUCUAGUGACUUGCGCCGGCGAUUCCCAGGUUCGCAUCUUUGACAUCGAAUAUUCCAGCAAUGGCAGCAACAGUGUGGACGCCACUUCUGCCUUUUCUGCAUCUGCACGGAGCCGAAGGUUUAACAACUUUUUCAACAAUGCGCGCUACCUAAAUGCGGGGAAUACCAACGUCAGAGUUUAUCGCAGCCAUGCCGAUCGGGUUAAGCGGAUCGUUACUGAAUCAUCGCCGUAUCUCUUCCUGACUUGCUCGGAAGAUGGCGAGGUUCGCCAAUGGGACUUACGUCAACCAUCGUCCGCCUACCCAAAGCCACGAGGCGGCCAAGGAUACAUGGCUUUUCGACCGGGACAGGACCACGACGACUCCAACGUACCGCCUCCGCUGAUUUCCUACAAGAAACACCGACUCGACCUCAACACCAUCUCGUGCUCCCCGAGCCAACCACAUUACAUUGCGCUUGGCGGGGCCCACCUUCACUGCUUCCUCCAUGACAGGCGCAUGCUGGGUCGCGACUUGAUGGCGGAGAGGGGUGAUCCGGGUGCCUCGCCUGGCAGUAGUAGUCAUGGUGAGCAGCUGAUGGAUCAGGCGACGCGGUGUGUGCGGAGGUUCGCCCCUAACGGUCAGCAACGAAUGAAAACGCGCGAUGACGGCCAUAUCACUGCCUGUAAGAUUAGCGACGCCAACCCAAAUGAGAUGGUUGUCAGCUGGUCCGGCGAUCACAUAUAUAGUUUCGAUUUGAUUCGGAGCCCGGAUGCAAGGGAGGAUGCGUCCAAGCGCCAAACCUCCGCCCGGACGACACCGGUCCCGCGUCGGCGCCGAGGCUCUAAGACUAGGAAGCGUAAGCGACAGAAUGGGACCUCGAUGUCCUCGCAGUCCAGCAGCAAUCAGACUCGACCUCGCCGUCGACCCAGAGAGCGACCCGAUGAAGGCGAGCUGGCCUUCCGAGUCCGCUAUGGCAAUGGCGAGUUGGAGGACAUUCCCCUCCCGUCUCUCACCGAACACCACGCCGAGGUCCCCCAAAGGUUGCUGGAGCAGUCACGGUUGUCUGUCCUUAAUGACGCGCAAAGGCUCAGCAUGCACAUUGCCAAGGACAUGGUCAAGCUCCGUAAAGCAAUGUUUUCGCUGGAGACGUCCUUACGCGAAGAAUAUGAGACCUCCAAUCAAGCUGACCUGACACCGUUCACCGAGUCCUUUUCCACUGCACUAACCCUUGCUUCCAUCUGUCUCCCACAGAUGGAUGAGAUUAUGCGUACCUGGCGAUACCCUGUCAAUCCUACGCCCGACAUUGUGCGCUUCCAGCAAACCUUGCGGCGGAACCGACAGACCUCCUGGCGGUUCAUUCAAGCUGCAGGCACAUUAGCACGAGUUCUAGGGGGUGAAAUCCAAAACACCCCCGGAGAUGUAGAUCGUGACAUGGAGCCUUUCCAACAGAUACACCCAGCCUCGCUCGAACGCUCGGUCGAUCAUAAGGAGCAGUUUGGAUACGAUUUCAUCAAGGCUAUACUACUCUUUGUAGAAGGUGGUCGCCAGGCUCUUCUGGCAGGUUUCAAGAAAGAUGCAGCAUCCCGAGGUAACCUAUCCAGAUUUCCGGUAGCUGAGAAUGCGGAUGAAGAUGCAAUCGAGACCGUCUUGAUUCCCUACCUGCAGAGACUGGCGGGGGAUGUACCUGUUGUGAAUGUGGACGCCUCGCGAUUUGAACAUGAUGACGCUCGUAUCCUCUUCCCAACUCAGCGCCACGCCGUGGCCGCCUUUGCCAAUGUUGUCAAAUACCCCGUUGAAAACCUCGUAGAUACGGACCCCAACAUGCGCAAUGGGACUUCAACGGAGCCCCCUAGUCGUACCCACGACUUGUUCCAGUUAACACAGUACUGGGUUUUCAAGGUGGCCCGUGGUGUCCUUCUGGAGACCGGAACCGGGGUAAAUUAUGCGUUUUUUAGCCGGGCUUUUGGUGGCCUGCGUACGAGGGUGGAAAGUGACUCCGAAUCCGAAGUGGAACCCGAGAGAUCACAAAAUGAUCUCGAAGCUAAUGUCGAAGAAGAGCCCAUCCGCGAUGUUAAUCUGAAAAUACUCCGGAGGUCGCAUCUUGCUACUCGAGAGAGUUCGGAGGUAGAGACAGGCGAGUCAUCAGGGGUGCAGACACCACUGUCCGAUGAUGACGACGAAGAAGAAAUUGCUUUGGCAUUACCAGAUAUCAUCGAUGAUGACAGUGAGAAUGAGGUUGGCCUUCCCAUAGCGGAAGAGGAGGAGCAGGAUGAGGAAGAAGACGAAGACGAAGACGAGGAGGAUGAUGACGAUGAAGAGCUCGAUCUAGACCUGAGCAGUUCGGCUGAUGACAGUGACGACUCCGAGGCUGCUGAUCAUAUCUUCAGGGAAUAUGGCCUCCAGCCCCGAGAAAGGGAAUACGUGGACGUUGAUGUUCCCUGUUCCUCGCACACCCGAGUCUACAUGGGCCAUUGCAACAUAAAGACCGUGAAGGAUGUCAAUUACUUUGGACUGGACGACGAAUACGUAGUGAGCGGCAGCGACUCUGGCCACAUUUUCAUCUGGGACCGGAAAACCUGCAAGCUAGUCAACAUCCUCGAGGGUGAUAGUGAAGUAGUCAAUGUUGUGCAAGGUGAGAAUAUCCCCAACCGUGGCCAUUUUAUUUGGAUUUUUGAGGGUCAUUUAAGCCAACGGUCCUUUGCAGGUCAUCCGUAUGAACCCACCAUUGCGGCCUCGGGAAUCGACAACACCAUCAAGGUCUUUUCAUCCGAUCGACGCGCUCAGGAGGAUGCGCGCCGUGGAAUCAACAUCUUGGAUCCUGACAACCCAGCCAACACGCUUGGAUUGGGACCGAAUGUCAGCACCAUUGGUGGUCUAGGCAGUCGCAAGCGCUUGCAUGAUAGUUAUCGCAUCAUGAGUCAGAACGAUGUAGAUCGACAAGGUGGGAUGAGCGAAGCAUACAUCACUAGGCACAUGCUGGCCCGCCUGGCGGCAACCCUGCGAGACCAACGGCAUGGUGUAACGGUGGGCGAAGGAGGCGAACAUGCUACGCUUGUUCUGGAUGAUAACAGCUGCAAUCACCCGCGUCAUCACUCUCUGUUUUAUCACCACGUGACCCUUAUCGAUUCCCCCGCAUUUGUCCCUCCAAUUUUUGGCUUUUUUUCACUUUGCCUUCCAUCUUCCCAUCUUGCGCCUCGAAUUCUCAGCCUCCACCUCGAUUGCUGCUCGCAAUUGAAAAUGCAGACCCUACAGGACCGAGCGGACAUCACCGCUCGUCUCUAUGCUGACCCCCACAAUCCGCACCUUUACUACAAACGAGGCCUUGUCCACCAAACCCUGGGCUUUCCCGAUCUCGCAUCCGCCGACGCAUACCGCGCCCUCUCCCUGCUCGACUCGGUCGUCGAUCCCGAUGGCUGCGAGUUUCACGCCACACGGCGGAUUCAGGAUGCACCAGAUACUCCCGCAACAACUGAGGAGGAGGGGGACGACGACGAGGAUGACAAUUUCACUCCCAUCACACAAGAUGAGUACGACUCCAUAAUCGGAGACGUCUACGCCCUUCUUGUGCGCAACUUGGUCGACUGCGGCUGUUUCCGCGAUGCCUUUGAGUUCUGCGUGCGUGGACAGGGGCUCCUAGAGGACAUGUCGCAGAAGGAGCGCAAUACCUCUGCGCAAGCUGUGCUCAAGGACCAGCUGGCCAUCAUCCGGAAGAACUACGAAGCCCGUCAAGGAACCACCACCGGAGACGCCAAUAUCAACCCUAGUGCUCUGAACGCCCAAGGCUUCGCCCGCCGAGUCCUCUAUCCCUGGAACGAGCACGAACCGGACCGCAAGUUCCCCGAGACUUUGCAGCUCCUAAACGAGCGCCUCAAGGACGUUGCGCCUAAAUGCGAAGUCCGCGCCGUCGCCUUGCCCGCUUUACACGGCACCACCACCACCGAAGACGAAGUCUCUGUCCAACUCGGCCUCUUCGCCAAAGAACGCAUCUACCACGGCGCCGUCUGCGGCCUCAUGGAGAACCUCGAAUCCAUCGGAAAAGACAUCCCCGACCCCAAGGACAAGGCUGAUUACCUCUACCUCCUUCUUCUGGGCCGCACGCUCGCCAUGGCCGCUACCCAGGAGCUGCACCCGCUCGAUCUCCCUGAAGUGAAAUACAUCUGGGGCGAUUUCCACGACCUCGACCUUAACACCAAUGAAAGCAGCAAUGACAAUGAAGACCCAACAGCAACCCUCCCCUUUUCCUUCCAGCUCAAUAUCCUCCAACCAAUGCGUUUCCUAGAAGAAAUGGAAAUAGACCCCUACGUUGCCCUCCCCCGCUUCGACACCUGGGUCCUGAAUACCCUGUACGCUAAGUUCCGGGGCACUGCGUCGGGCCGGCUCUCGACGUGGGACGGUGGCCCGGAGCUCUGUGCUGUGCACCCGCUUUGGUGUCUGGCGAACCAUUCUUGUGAUCCGAAUGUCAGGUGGGAGUGGGGCGGGGAGAUUACGUUCCGGGCUAGGGAGGAGAGUGAACGGGCGGUUUGGAAGAGGGUUAAGGGUGCUGGUGGUGGUGGGGAUGAGGUUCCUGGGGGAAGAAGGAGACAGGAGGCGGGGAUAAAGAAGGAUGAGGAGAUUCUCAAUCAUUAUUGUGAUAUUGGGUUGGAUGUCAAGGAGAGGAGGGAAUGGGCGAGGGGCGCGUUGGGGGGUUGGUGUUUGUGUGAGAGAUAG